UCAGAGGUUAGCUUGUUUGGUAACUUGUGUACCAUUGUGUCAGAAAGCGGUUGAUUUGGGAACAAUGGCUGUUAUUUAUUCGUAAUGCAAUACAACAUCAAUGCACAUAGGCGUUUUCGCUUAUUUAUUUAAACUGUUAUGCAUCUUAUUGCGGAUGUUUAGAGUGUUGACUAACUGGGCGAGCAAAUGUUAGCUCUAGCUGCGUAGCUUGCUAGCUUGGUAACAAGUACUGUACUGUAAAUGUCAUAUUAUAUCAAAAACUGACCUUGUAGGUACAGUCCGCUGAAAGACGGUUUAAAUAGGCUCUGUUAGAGCUAUGGCAUCAAUCAGGCUUCUGUGUUUGUUUAAUAUAAAAGCAGCAGGCUCGAUAAAAACAGUCCGAGCAGGAUGCAAUGCAUGCUUCAGGGCAAAUAUCUGUAGUUCACCUUCAAGGCUGCAAAGCUCGAUGUCAGCGUGGGUCAUUGAUCAGUAUGGCACAAAUGGAGUUUUGAAAUACACAGAAGAAGUUACUGUCCCCACCAUUAAUUUUGCCAGUGAAGUGUUGAUAAAAGUCAAUGCAGCCAGUCUUAACCCUCUGGAUCUAUCUAUGAGGGGAGGCUAUGGGUCUACAUUGCUCAAUUUAAGGAGGGAUCCAUUAUCUGUGAUAAAUAGCUAUAAUGAGUUUCCACUCAUUCUGGGUCGUGAUCUUUCAGGUGUAGUUGUGGACUGUGGAUCAGGGGUUACCCAUUUUGCUCCAGGAGAUGAGGUGUGGGCUGCUAUUCCUCCGUGGAAACAAGGCAGCCUGGCAGAAUUUGUGACUCUAACAGAGUAUGAGGUUUCCCUUAAGCCAAAGUCAGUAAGUCACAUAGAGGCAGCUUCCAUCCCAUAUGUAGCCAGCACUGCUCUGUCUGCACUUGUCAAUGUAGGUGGCCUUUGCAGAGAAAGCUCGUCAAAUAAAAGAGUUUUGAUCACUGGAGCAUCCGGAGGUGUUGGAACAUUUUCUAUUCAGCUGUUAAAGGCGUGGGGUGCCCAUGUAACUGUUACCUGCUCUCAGAACGCUGAAGGACUUGUUAGAGGGCUUGGGGCUGAUGAGGUGGUCGACUACACAGCAGAAGAUGCGACUGAACAGCUUGAAAUGAUGGAGAACAGGUUUGAUGUUAUUUUGGACAAUGUGGGAGGCGAUACUGAGCAGUGGGCUUUGGGCCUGCUCAAACCUUGGUCUGGGGCAAAGUACGUCACAUUGGUAUCACCUUUACUUCUCAACACUGACUCCAUGGGGCUGUUAGAUGGGACUUUUCAUGCUGGCUAUACCUUGCACAAUAAAGCCAUUCAGAACAUAAUAUCAAAUGGAGUCUUCUACAGGUGGGCAUUUUAUGCUCCAGACGGGUUCGCUUUGGAUGAGGUCAGCAAGCUGGUGGAUGCAGGGAAGAUCCUGCCAGUUGUGGAGGCCCAGUUUCCAUUUGCCCAGGUGCCUCAGGCUUUUCAGAAGUUGGAGCAUGGCCAUGCCAGAGGAAAGACUGUAAUCAGUGUGGCUGAGGAGGAUGACAGCUGGACAGAGACUGCAGAGUCAGAGCAAGACGUGCAAGAAACAGCCCAGCCAAACUAGACAGAGAGCCAAGAGGAAUACUCUUAAGAUUCUUCUCACGUCCAAAAGGUUGCGUUUGAUUGCAGCAGAAUGUCUAAUCCAAAAAGAAAGGUUGUGUGCAGCAGAUGAGAAGCGUGACCAGGGAUUCUAAUGGGAGCAAGCCAAAGGUUGUUGACACUCUCCUAUAUGGGCUUGGAAUUCUCACAAGGUGCUCGGAGUUAUCAUACCUUCAUGUUUUGCUGAAGUUGACAAAUUAACGGCAAUCAAAUCACCAUCCUACUGGUGAUGGUACAUGACUAGACUGGCAACUUUAUGCUUUAAUUUGUUUUGCCUCUGUAUUAAGUCAUUUUACUUCUACAUGAGCGCCUCAAUGCAUCACCAGCAUUUAUGUGGUGCUAAUUUAUCUGGAGAUAUGUUGUUUACAACAGCACAUGAAUAAACUUCAGAUCUGUGUU